GCUCGCUCUUCGACAGGGUAACCAAACCGAUCACUCUCACAACCAUGAACUGCCGAACAACCAUCACUCGGACCAUCCGUUCACCUGCCCUCCGACCUUUUUCCACCUCAUCACCCGCUCUCGCCCGAGGGAACGACAGUCGGGAUGCGACCGACACUCGACGUGCAGACCCCUGGGACAUCAAGAACGUCCAGCCGUUUCAAUUCGAUGACACCACUACGCUGGGUCAUAUGAUCUUAGAGAAACAGAGGGAAAAGCUGGGUUCGUUGAUGAGGAUUGAACAGGAUCGAGAGCUGCUACGAGAACGAGCCAAAGCGUUCCCCUUUCAACCCCCCUCGCCAUCAACUCACUACCUCCGCGUGACAUCCUUCCUAAACACCUCCAACCCCGCCGACCCGCUCUCCUCAAAGAAACUCCUCCGAGUGCCCAUCUCACGCUUGCCCCUCGACUCUCCAGAAUCUAUCAAACGUUUCAAGCUGUUAGCUGGGACCAGAUGGAUCCCGCCAAAGGACAAGGAAGGAAACCUCGCGGUCAACGCUGAUGGGACGCUCGUGGAGGGCGUCGAGUUCAAAAAGGGGUCUGAGACGGAUGAAAAGGAAGGGUGGUUCGAGAUGAGCGAGGAAGGAUGGAAAGAGGGUAGGAUGAACAGGAAGUGGUUGAGUGACGUCUUGGACGGGCUGGUCAAGGAGUCCAACAAUCCCGAAUCCACCGUUGCCUCAUCAACCCCUCUAGACCUCCGAUACCACCUGGCUCGUCUGCACAAGAAGAAACGGACGAGACAGACCCAGGGGACGCAUAACGUGGAGAGGCGACGGGGGAUGGUAGAGAGGGGUGUGGGCGGCGGGGUGAAGGGGUUCCCAGAAGGGUGGUUGUAAAACGGCCCAAUAUGACAGGUCGAGGGGAAUAACGGUGGAUUCACAUAUUUAUGCGGAUCGGCUCAAGUAGAGGGAGAAAUUACAUGUGCAUAGCGAAUAUAUUGUCCGGGAUAGAGUAUCCCAGGGUCGGGUCUAGCCUUGAAAGUGUAGCAGUAGAUGCCCACUGCGUCGAGGAAGAAUCGACGCUGUUCGUCGAGGACUUCGAGAGUUCUGGGCCUUCGGAGGAUGUCUUGUCAUUCCCAUGCGUGCUCGUCUGCUUCUCGGCGCGACCCCCCUCUUUCUCGGGCGGCGCAGUCUGCGUCUGAUUGGGUUUCUCGCGUUUCUCUG